AUGAACCGUUUGCUUGCGAUUGCUGCCGUCGAUGGCACAUUCCGGAGGCGUUUAUCGUGGAAUGGACGGGAUAAAUAUAGUAUGAUUACCAGCAACGAUGACCCGAACGAGGUGCAUCUGGAUGAUGAAAUUGAGCGCGUCUUCGGUACGACAGCCGAGAAGGAACGUUUCGAACUGAACCGCCUGCAGGACGAAGUCAUCCUGGACAACUCGCCGCUCAAAUACGACGAAGCGCAACGCGUUCCGGACGGCGCGGACCGCCAAAUGCAUCAGGACACCACCUCGAGUGCGAGCAACACUAGCAACAACCACAGCAACAACAAACCGAACAACACCAGCAAUGAGGGCCGCAAACCGGUAUCCUCGCCGCCGACCACCACCCCGACCAGCCCGAUCUCGUUCUCGUCCAAGAGCGAGACGACGGACACGAAACCGUCGACGGCCAACAACACCACGCUAGCGGACAACACGUCGAACGACUUUAGCGAAACCGUACACGAUGAGCCGGUGGUCGAUCAGGGCACGGUACAGGGUGAACAGUGGGAUACGAACGCCAGGAGAAAUGUGCACUUUGACAAGGACAACAAGGGCGCACAGAUCGAGGGCCUACCGAUAGAGGACAGCAACGAGGAGCGCCGUCGACGCACGGAGAAAUUUCUACAAAGCAAACCCGUCCGUAGUAAAAGACGCCAUCAUCCGCACAAAUCGCGGAAGUUCUCGCUGCAGGAGUACCAUCCGGAAUGGCGGCGGCAGAGCGGUACCGAGGGUGGCCCGACCGGGCGUCGCAUCUCGGUACAGCCGGAAGAUGCCACCCUGCAGGAGGCGGACAUCGACGAGCUGACGUCGCAUCGGUCGGACGAUCCGCGGGCGCUGCGGCGCCACAAGGUGAGCGCCCAGUCCGGUUCGUCCAUGGUGAACAUCAAUCGCAAGGAGGCACCGCAGCUGCAUCACCUGCUGCCGACCGGCAAGUACAAGAAGAUGUACGACCACAGCCCGCACGAGGUGUUCGUGCAGCUGGACGAGCUGACGGGCAGUGGCGAGGAGCGGGAAUGGAAGGAGACGGCCCGCUGGAUCAAGUACGAGGAGGACGUCGAGGAGGGCGCCGAUCGGUGGGGCCGUCCGCACGUUGCCUCUCUGUCGUUCCACUCGCUGCUGAAUCUGCGCCGCUGUCUCGAGACGGGUGUCGUGCUGAUGGAUCUGGAGGAGAAAGACCUGCCCUCGGUUGCUUACAGGGUUGUGGAGCAGAUGGUCAUCGACGAGCUGAUCCAUGAGGACGAUAAGGCGGUCAUCAUGCGGGCACUGCUGCUGCGCCAUCGACACGUCAACGAAAGCUCGCACGGUGGGUUCUCGUUCGCUCCCAAGCGGAAGUACAGCAGCUACACGAGUCUUCAGUCGCUGUCGAUGCGCCCCGAGGACGGUGCCAAUGGUGAGGUGAUCGUAGGCGUUAGGCGAUUGAAUUCCUUCGUAAGCCCUACCCAAAGCUACACGCUCAGUCCGCCCUCGCUGCACCCGGGCUCGGUGUACGGGCAGAGCCCGAACCUUUCCUCCCGCAACCAGCUGCCGCCCAACCAGCAGCACCCGAACCCCCAGAAGGAUCGGCACCAGCGGCACGGAGCGAACCAUGGCCGGUGCAGGCGGUCCGGGAGCCAGGACAGCAGCAGUACGGCAACGGCGGCGGCAGCGUCCUCCGCGGUGGCAGCCGCAUCCGCCGCAGCAGCACCGGUGACCCUAACCACGGUCACCAGUGCCGUUGGUAUGCGACGAAAUAACUCACCUUUAUCGCUGACAGUUAGUGUUGAUGAUAAGAAACCACGGAUUGUUCCGGCGACCGAAAUCAACGGGCACCACGGUGGGCAUGGUGAGACGAGGAUCAACAUCAGCGAGGAAACGUACACCUCCUCGCAGGAAGACAUCAAGAUGCGCACGCAGAAGGAAUCGAUCCUGAAGCGCAUUCCCGAGGGUGCCGAAGCGACGACCGUGCUCGUCGGUGCGGUUGACUUUCUCGAGCAGCCGACGAUCGCGUUCGUGCGCCUGGCGGAGGGCAUACCGAUGCCGAGCAUUACGGAGGUUCCGAUCCCGGUGCGCUUCCUGUUCAUCCUGCUCGGCCCGCAAAAGACCGAGCUGGACUAUCACGAGGUGGGUCGGUCGAUCGCAACGCUCAUGUCGAACGAGCAUUUCCACGACAUUGCCUACAAAGCGGACGACCGGCGUGAACUGCUGUCCGCGAUCAACGAGUUCCUGGACGAUUCGAUCGUGCUGCCGCCGGGCAAAUGGGAACGCCAGGCGUUGCUGCCGUUCGAGGAGCUGAAGGCCAAAAGUGAUAUGAUCCGGCUGCGCAAGAAAAAAGCACUGGACGAGAAGAUCAAGAGCAAACAACCGCAGCUGCUGACGAGCGAGGAGGAGAAGAAGCUGCUGGCAUCGAGCGGUGGUGACGGUGGCGGGAAGAAACCCCCGAAGCAUCCGCUCGAGAAGACCAACCGGUUCUGGGGUGGUUUGAUCAACGACAUUAAGCGUCGCUACCCGAUGUACAAGAGCGACAUCAUGGAUGGGCUCAACACGGAGACACUGGCCGCGACCAUCUUCAUGUACUUUGCGGCCCUCUCAACAGCCAUCACGUUCGGCGGGCUGUCCUCCGACAAGACGCACAACCUGAUUGGCAUCUCGGAAACGCUCGUCUCGGCUUCGAUGGUGGGGCUCGUGUUUCAUCUGCUCGCCGGCCAACCGUUGGUCAUCAUCGGCACGACCGGGCCGCUGCUGCUGUUCGACGAGGCAUUGAAUCAGUUCUGUCACUCGAACAACUUCAGCUUCCUGACGGUGCGUGUGUACGUCGGGUGCUGGCUGGCAGUGAUCGCGCUGGUUGUCUCCGCCUUUGAAGGCAGCGUGUAUGUGCGACUGUUCACACGCUUCACGCAGGAAAUCUUCUCCGCACUCAUCACGCUAAUCUACAUCGUCGAAACCGUGAUGAAAUUGAUAUCCGUGUACGCACGACAUCCACUGCUGGCUGAGUAUCUCUACAAGAACGUCACCGAACCGCAACCACUACCGAUGCCGUAUCUGGAGGAGGGCAACAGUACGACUGCGGCCGGUUUGCUUGCCGAGAGUCUCACGACGGUGGUGAACGGAACGCUGGGAAUUCCUAUCGAUUCGGAUAAUCUGCUCAUUCCGGAGGACAAUGUUGGGCCACGGAACCGACCCAACACCGCACUCUUCUGUACCAUCCUUACGCUGGGUACGUUCUCCUUGGCCUACUACCUGAAGCUGUUCCGCAACUCGCACUUCCUCGGACGUAACGCGCGCCGUGCGCUCGGUGACUUCGGUGUACCGAUCUCCAUCGCUCUGUUUGUGCUGAUCGACUACAUGAUCCCGGAGGUGUACACGGAAAAGCUGAGCGUACCGGAGGGACUUUCGCCGAGCGAUAAAACCCGCCGUGGAUGGAUCAUUCCGCUCGGUGGCGUUCCCGGAUGGUUACCGUUCGUGGCGGGAAUUCCUGCCCUGCUGGUGUACAUUCUCAUCUUCAUGGAGACGCACAUUUCCGAGCUGAUCGUGGACAAACCGGAGCGAGGUUUGAAGAAGGGUUCCGGUUUGCAUAUGGACAUCGUGUUGCUGUGCUUCCUCAACACGGUCUGCGGGUUCUUCGGUAUGCCGUGGCACUGUGCUGCUACGGUACGCUCGGUGACGCACGUGUCGGCCGUCACUAUUAUGUCGAGAACACAUGCUCCAGGAGACUCACCGCACAUUACGGACGUGAAGGAGCAAAGAAUUUCGGGCUUUUUCGUGUCGCUCAUGGUGGGUCUGUCAGUGACGAUGGCACCGAUCUUGCGCUUGAUCCCGAUGUCAGUGCUGUUCGGUGUGUUCUUGUACAUGGGCAUAGCUUCCAUGAGUGGAGUCCAGUUCUUUGAACGAUUGCGGCUGUACCUGAUGCCGGUAAAGCAUCAUCCACAAGUGCCAUUUGUGCGGCGAGUACCGACAUGGAAGAUGCAUCUGUUUACCUUCGUGCAGAUACUGGCACUGGCCAUGCUGUGGGCCGUCAAAUCGUCACCCUUUUCACUGGCAUUCCCCUUCUUCCUGAUCAUGAUGGUACCGAUACGGAAGCAGUUGGAAAGUGUCUUUUCUCCGCUCGAGCUCCGUGCGCUUGACGGCAGUCAACCGAACGAAGGUGCAGAGGAUGAACCCGAUUUCUACGAACAGGCUCCCAUUCCUGCUUAAUCGAGAGUCCAGAGCUAAACUGUUUUGAUGCUGUUGUUUACUUGAAAAAGUUGACGAUCGUUCAAUGGCGAUAAAGACUUAAUUUUAUUGAUGUCAUGCUUUUAAUUACUACGUCUACUGGUCCAUCAUGCAUCGAGCAGACCACAGAAGACCUUAAGCAAACAAACUAACAUAUAUUUAUUACAAUGAUAACUACCAGCACCAGCAGCAUGGCAAUGGAAUGCCUCGUUCCGACACCGAAUCACAACUAUUGACAACAGUUUCCACGUCAAAGUAUAUAUAUUUCCACACUUUUACGUAACGAAAUUAUUAGAAGUAACGUAGGAAAAUCGAUUAAACGGCAUCAAUCAAAAAGAAACACUAUCCUUUGUUCCGUCUUCCCGAUUGAAGAACGGAUACAGAGGAUCCUGACGACCGAUCGGUCAAAAAACAAAACGGUGGAAACUGAGUGAGUGUGUGCGUAUGCGUGUCUACAACAGUCUGUGAUCAGUAUUACUUACAGGAAGUGAAGGAACUUGCAUGGAACCAUGUGGGCGGUCGAAGGUUUAGCGAAGGAAGGCGCACAGCAAAAAAUAGUAGAAUUACAAAUCGAACCUAAAAAAAAACACUAGCUCCGGGUUUUUUCGGUUGCUGUCUCACCACCUUUGCUCCUUUGGAAUUCACAUCACUUAAUGGAACGCAAGAGCUCAGUAUCAGGGAUACAGAAGGAACAUUGUGACAGGAUAUCUAUUACAGCUCAAACGAGACGGAUGAAGUUGUGUAUUUUUGUGACUAUUUAAUGCUGCAAUUGUUUCUAUCCACCGCGAUGCGAUGUGGCGUGUGUAGGUGUAAGGGAACGAGAUUUGUUGUUGUAGUGUUUGUAGUGGCCAAGCCAACCAGCAGAACAGUACCGAUCGGUGUGUAGUGAGUGUAGGCGAGAACAUGAGUAGUAGCACGGGACCGCCGUAGCGAUGGAUUUGUUUCGUUUAUGUUUCUUGUUGAUGAACAGAUUAUAUUUUCCACAGAGAUAUAUACAUAUAUUCACAUUUUGCUUCGCUCGAAAGACAGUUAGAACGGCCAAACAGGGCCAAAUGCCUCAAGGAGGGUUACUUAAAGCUAAUGGACCACUGCGCCGGUUGGGUGUGCAUCGCACAUUUCCUGCCGGCCAUCCAAACACGUGCAGUGGCCGCAGGGAGAGGGAACACGUUUAUGAAGGAGAAUUUUAUCUUGCUUCAAUAUUUUUUAGAUAGUCUGUAACUACUAGAGAGAGAGAGAUAAAGAGAGAGGUCCUUUAAGGAGGGCCAGUAGCCGAGGACAUUGCACAGUGCGUGCGUGUCGUAGAAAGCUCUUGGCAUUACUUACACUAGAUUAGUGCAUGUAGACGGUACGAAUUGAAAUUAAUUCUUCAAUUUCUCGCGUCAUCUUGAGGACAUUAUUAGCCUUCUGAUAGCGUGUUAGCGAAACCGAACCAACCGGUACAAACAAUAAAAACUAAUUCAUAUUUCAUCACCGA